AUUUUCAGCUGUUUAUGUCUGUGGUUCGCAUUUGUAAAAUACAAGAAGCUUAUACAAAACACGUAAAAUAUAUUGAAUCGAGUGGAAUGCCAUGAAUAAAUAAUAUUAAAAAGCAUAAGUAACUAAACAAAUAUAUAAAAACUUCAAUACAUUUGUAGUAUACUUUUAUGUGAAUAAAAAAUGGGAGAUAAAUCAACUCCACUUUUAGCUGUUCUUCAACUUCUACGGAAGUAUGACUUGAAGGGUACUGAAGAAAUUUUAAGAAAAGAAGCUAAUUUAGGUGACGCCGAGUAUGAAAAUUUAGAUUUACCCGAAGUUGAACUUGCUAGUAUUCUAACAGCACAUCAUACUGAAAGUGACCCUUAUAGUUACGAAUUUGCAUACGAAAGUCUGAAAAAAUUUGUCGAAAAUUCUUUGGACGUAUACAAGUAUGAACUUUCAACAUUCCUGUAUCCAGUAUUUGUUCACAUGUAUUUAAUCCUUAUAUUAUAUGAUCACAAAGAACAUGCGGUUAAAUUUCUGGAUAAAUUUGGUCCAGAACAAGAAGAUUAUUAUCAGGAGGACCUUAAACGGUUGGCAAUGGUCGAAAAUAAAGAACAAAUAAAGGGCAAUGAAUUAGCAGAGAUAUACAACUCUAAUAAGUUCCAAGUUCAACUGUCUAGAGAUGCAUCUACGCAGUUAAAAAGAUAUUUACAUGAACAAAAAAGUUCUCCUGUUAUUAUAAAUAUUAUUAAUAACCACAUUCAGAUUGACAUUCAUGAUGGUCCAGGUCGGACGCAAGCUCAAGUAAAAUCGACUAUAGGUGGACUAUUGGGAGAAGCUUCAAGAAAUGAUAACCGUACAAAAGUUUACUACGGGCUUCUUAAAGAGCCUGAUAUUCAAGUGCUUCCUCCUCCUGUUGAAGACGAAGAUGAAGCUGAUGAAACUCCAGAUAAACCAAAAAAGAAAAAGGCUAAAAAAGAUAAUAUAUUUAUGAAAAAACCCAAAUCUGACCCUAAUGCUCCUCCCAAUGACAGAAUACCAUUACCAGAAUUAAAAGAAACGGAUAAAAUAGAAAAAGGUAAAGCUAUUAGAGAAGCUUCAAAACGUGUGCCACUGGGCCCUGACAGCCUGCCUUCUAUUUGCUUCUACACACUACUAAAUAGUGGCCAAACAGCUAUUUGUGCGGAUAUCUGUGAUGAUUCCACGUUACUCGCUGUAGGCUUUAACAAUUCUUCUAUUAAGGUUUGGACAUUAACUACAAAUAGAUUGCGUGGUAUGAAGUCAGCAGAUAAAUUACAAGAUAUUGAUAGAGAAGCAGGUGAUGUUUUGGUGAGGAUGAUGGAAGAAAAAGAUAGAGAUACAUGUCGUACACUAUUUGGACACUCUGGUCCGGUGUAUAAAGUUGCCUUUGAUCCAUUUAAAACUAUGCUGUUGUCCUGCUCUGAAGAUUCUACUGUAAGACUAUGGUCUCUUCAGUGCUGGACAUGCCUAGUAGUGUAUCGCGGGCAUGUGUGGCCGGUGUGGGACGUGCGCUGGUCCCCCUACGGCCACUAUUUUGCGUCAGGCGGCCACGACCGCACAGCUCGCCUCUGGGCGACUGACCAUCAUCAGCCUCUCAGAAUAUUUGCCGGUCACCAUUCUGAUGUUGAUUGUAUACAAUUUCACCCAAAUUCAAAUUACAUUGCCACUGGAUCCAGUGAUCGCACUGUCAGAGUUUGGGACUGUUUAACAGGGUCACAAGUUCGAAUAAUGACUGGUCACAAAUCAACACCAUUCACAUUAGCCUUUUCCACAUGUGGAAGAUGGCUGGCCUCAGGUGCUGGGAGUGGAGAAAUAGUUGUGUGGGACAUCUCGACUGGCUUGCCUACAGCAACGUUACCACCAAUGCAUGUGGCGCCUGUACAUGCGUUAGCUUUUAGCCGUGAUGGAACCCUAUUAUGUUCUGGUUCCUUAGACUCUACUAUCAAACUUUGGGAUUUUAGCUUAAUAACAGAUGAAAACACAUCUGAUGAAGGAGGGGCUAACAAUGCAACACAAAAAGAAGAAAAAUUCUUGCUACGAUCUUUUGCAACAAAAAAUUCGCCUAUUAAAAAUUUACAUUUUACUAGACGAAACUUAUUGUUAGCUGUUGGAUCAUAUGAAGGAAGUUCAUAAAUUGUUUUAUUACAAAAUGCUUUUAUUAAAUAAACAUAGUUAAAUAUCAUAAUA